CAGAGGUAACACAGGCGUCUUGUCUGCCCUAGGGCACUCUCCGCGCCGAUUUCUCAACGCACUACAACUCGCCUGCGCUCCAUCAGAGGAGCGCGACGCGGGUGGGCACUGCUGGUGCUUCUGUCCACAGAAGAAGAAAAAGAAGAACUUAAAAGAAGAUUUUCAUCUGGACCACAACAACCCCACUCAUUUGGACUGUGCGAUUUGGAUCGCGAGUGGACUACAUGUCCCCGUGGCCGGUUCGUGCCGAGGCGGCGGCGCGCAAUGGGCAGCCCAGCUCCUCUAACAGUUCUCGGCUAUAGAACACCAGACCAACGAUGUUGUCUGUGGCAAAUCAACAUGUUCUACCAAUGACCUGUUUCUUAUAUCAGAGAAGUUUCUUCUUUAAUAUUUAGAUAUUUUUGCGCAGCUGGAAAUUCCGGAAAAGACGAUCAACCGGGGCAGCUGUGUGUGUGUGUGUGUUUGCGUGUGUGUGUGUGUGUUUGUGUGUGUGUCAACCAGCGCAGAGAAGAGAAGGGAGUUGAAGAGAAGGAAGACUUGCUGCAUCACGGAGAAAUAUUUAAACACUGUGUAUUUUACGCUGUUUACAUUCAAGGACUUCUUCUUCUUUUUUUUUUUUGGAGGACAAGAAAGACAAGAAGUAGCAAGUGUGUCCAGGGAAGCAGAAAGGAGAUGACUAUCAACACUGUUCUCCUGCUCGUCAUUUUCUCUGUCACAAGCAGCAGGGCAGAGAAUGCAGAGGAGCGGCUUGUGAACUACCUGUUGGGUCCAGAGCGCUACAACAAACUGAUCCGACCAGCUGUCAAUAAGAGCCAACAGGUCACCAUCUCCAUACAGGUGUCUCUGUCGCAGCUCAUCAGUGUAAAUGAGAGAGAACAGAUAAUGACGACCAAUGUGUGGCUGUUUCAGGAGUGGAAUGACUACAGACUGAGAUGGGACCCAGAGAAGUAUGAAGGCAUCAAGAAACUACGAAUACCAUCCAAACACAUCUGGCUUCCUGAUAUAGUGCUCUACAACAAUGCUGACGGCGUGUACGAGGUUUCCUUCUACUGCAACGCUGUGGUCUCCAACACAGGAGACAUCUUCUGGCUUCCACCGGCCAUCUACAAGUCGGCGUGCGCCAUCGAGGUGCAGAACUUCCCCUUCGACCAGCAGAACUGCACUCUGAAGUUCCGCUCCUGGACCUACGACCACACAGAAGUGGAUCUGAUCCUCACCAGCGACUUCGCCAGCCGCGACGACUUCACGCCGAGCGGAGAGUGGGACAUCGUCUCGCUCCCGGCGCGCAAAAACGAGGACCCCAAUGACAUCACCUACCUGGACAUCACCUAUGAUUUUGUGAUCAAGAGGAAACCCCUGUUUUACACCAUUAAUCUGAUCAUCCCGUGUGUGCUGAUCACGUCGCUGGCUAUCCUUGUUUUCUACCUGCCGUCAGACUGCAGGGAGAAGAUGACGCUGUGCAUCUCAGUGCUGCUGGCGCUCACUGUGUUCCUGCUGCUGAUAUCAAAGAUAGUGCCACCCACCUCUCUCGCAGUGCCUCUCAUAGGUAAAUACUUGAUGUUCACCAUGGUGCUGGUCACUUUCUCCAUUGUGACCUCCGUCUGUAACCUCAAUGUGCACCACCGCUCCCCAUCCACCCACCACAUGCCCGACUGGGUCAAACACUUCUUCUUAGUCCGCCUCCCCACCUUCCUCUUCAUGCGGCGUCCAGGCUCUUUCAACGUUCGUGAUAAACUCCGCAGGAAGUACGCCAACCGAAGCAUCGUCGGGAAAAACAGUUCCCAGAGCGGCACAGAGAAGAAGCAGUACUCCAACAUCAGACUCGGUGGGAUCCAAACAGAUGCCGACUCUAUCUACGUGAAUGAGGACUUUGCACACAAGUUCUGCUGGAAGGAUGACGACACCCCGGAUGGAGGUGGUGGGUUUUCAGACCUCCGGAGGUCUUUGCCUGUUCAGUGGGAUGCAGAUGUGGAGGAGGCAGUGGAUGGAGUGAGAUACAUCGCAGAACACAUGAAGAUAGAAGAUCACGAUGAUAGGAUCAUCGAAGACUGGAAGUACGUAGCCAUGGUGAUAGACCGUCUGUUCCUGUGGAUCUUCAUCUUGGUGUGUGUGGUGGGAACUCUGGGGCUCUUUAUGCAACCGCUGUUCCAAAGCUAUAACACACCCACUGCUGAUGACACAGAGUAUAGAGAUUUCUAGGAUGUGUGGACAUGAACUGUAACUGUAACCGCUAUAACCGAAAGGCUGCACCAGGUCGGGCUCUGAUCUGUCUUUGCUCGUUGGAUCUGAUACAUAGCCAGCAUAACCAGUGGUACUUUGGUUGGUUGCAGCAGUGGACCUCAAACAAACACAAUCAUACUGGGACACUUUUCUUUUUGAAAUGCAUGGCUUCUAUUUCUGAUGGAUUAUGCCUCCAUCCAAGCUCCGCCUCUAUCACAGACAUGGCAAUCUUGAUAUACUUUUUAUAACUCAAAAAGUGUGCAACAAGAAUGACGUUGUCAUGGAGCCAAGGUAAUGCCCAUGCAGUUUAUGACACAACAUACAAGACAGUUACAGGCUAUUUUACCCAGCUUUUUUUUCCAAAUGUAAAGAACAACCACAAAUGACAACGCUGGUAAAAAAGAUAUACGGGUCAUCUGUUGUCUUUGUUUUAUUUUGGACUGUCUGUGCUGCUGAUGGAGCUCUUUCCAGACUCAAUGUGAAAUGGAGGUGCAAAGGCUCAUUACACAUAACAACUCCUAUAAGACUACGAUGUCUUUCUUUUCUCCACUGCAAAUAAGACAAUUUCCCCAAUGGACCAUUAUUUCUCCUUUCACAAUCCAAGCUUUAUUUUAACAUUGUGAGGACAAUUUGUCCCAUCCACCUUUUCUCCUCAUAAAAAUAUGAAUGCAUCAUCUCGCUCGCUCCGUCCUUUUCGUGUUCUGCUUCAGAGCUUUGUGCUUCAUCUCCAGCCUCCACCUCCCAAGCCGUGUUGUCAUUGUUAACGCAAUUUUUUGCUUUCUCUUCCUGUCUUUCUCUCACUUUCUUGGUUAUUCUCCUUUUUUCUCCCUUUGUGUGCCAUAUCACAUCCCACUUGUAGCAGCACAAGUACAUACAGUAUUAAGCAUAAAUAUGACACUGACUGUAUUCUAUUACAUGUUUAAUAAAAAGCUCUGUAUUUU